AUGGAUAGCUUCCAUCCUAGGACCGUGAAACGGCUGGUGCAAUUCUUGUACACCGGCGAUUACGACGUUGACGACGAUGAGCAUGAAGCCACUCAGGGAAAACUUCUGGAGAUGACAUCGAUGAAGCUGAGGAAGCCUCCCUUGCAAUUGCCACAGGCAUUGAACGCAACAGCUUGCCUAUUCGAGCAUAUCCGUGUCAACUCUAUCGGCGAUUACUGCCGCAUCGACGAACUUGUUUCAAUAGCGAACACCAAGAUUCAGCACCUAGUUCGGAGUGAUGGAACUAGUAACAUCGAAUCCAGGAUCGAAAGCCCGCCCGAGGCAACCGAAACGGUUGUCCGCUCGACAGGAGACGAUGAACUACGGAGGAUCUUAGCGUCGGCAACCGUACCGAACAUUGCCUUCCUGGAGCCCGAUCAUUUCAAGAAGCUGAGCGUCGGGACGGACGUUUCGACAAUGGCAAUGCAAGGCUGCGCCCAAAAGAAUAAAGACCUCAUGGGGAAAAUCUACAAUCUCGGGGUUCGGCUACAAAUGGCGGAGAGCCUAUCACAGGAUACCACCACGGCGGAGGUCUUAAAACAGAAACGUUGCUUGCGGGUCUUGAACGGGAUGGCCCAGUGUUCUUGGUAG